GUUUUCCAACUCUACUCUCCUUGCCUUUGCAGCUUCAAUGCGAGCGGAAUACUUUAGUGGCCUGGGCUUGGAGAUCUAUUUCACUUGCCCAUUUUAGAUUUUGUUUCAGCGCUCUCCUCUGGCUUGUGCGUUUUGGUUCCUCGAUGAUUUAUCUUGGUCGAUAAAGAUUGAUUUUUUUCUGCUUGUGAUCUCUCUUCCAAAUCCCAACUUCUGUUGAGAAGUUUGGUUCUUUUUCGAUUUUAAGAGAACAGGGCAUUUGCAUUGGCCUAGUUGGAACAAAGGGCAGAUUAUGUAAUCUGUAUUUUUAUUUGAAUAUUUGAGUUCAUCGAUUUAGAGAAGUUGUUUUCUUGAGUGAUCAAAGGAAACAUGGAGGAGACAUUUGUGCCUUUUAGAGGAAUAAAAAAUGACCUAAAAGGAAGAUUUUUGUGCUACAAGCAAGACUGGACUGGAGGAUUUCGUUCAGGCUUUAGUAUUCUGGCCCCGACAACCUACAUAUUCUUUGCCUCAGCAAUCCCUGUUAUAUCAUUUGGAGAGCAACUGGAAAGAAAUACUGAUGGUGUAAUUACAGCUGUGCAAACUCUAGCAUCUACUGCAAUUUGUGGGAUAAUACACUCAAUUGUUGGAGGGCAGCCAUUGCUGGUUCUUGGAGUUGCAGAGCCCACAGUACUCAUGUACACAUUCAUGUUUAAUUUUGUGAAAGAUAGAGAAGAUUUAGGUAGAAAGUUGUUUCUAGCCUGGACUGGAUGGGUGUGCGUGUGGACUUCUUUCCUGCUGUUCUUACUGGCUAUUCUUGGCGCAUGCUCAAUUAUAAAUAGAUUUACUAGAGUGGCCGGUGAACUAUUUGGUAUGCUGAUAGCGAUGCUAUUUAUGCAACAGGCCAUUAAAGGGCUUGUGGACGAGUUUCGCAUACCUGAAAGGGAAGAUCGGAAGGCACUGGAAUUCAUUCCAUCUUGGAGAUUUGGCAAUGGAAUGUUUGCUCUUGUUCUAUCAUUUGGUCUUCUACUUACUGCUUUGAGAAGUAGAAAGGCAAGGUCUUGGAGAUAUGGAUGUGGGUGGUUGAGAGGUUUCAUUGCAGACUAUGGUGUGCCUUUGAUGGUUUUGAUAUGGACUGCAGUUUCUUUUAUACCUUCUGGUAGUAUCCCCAAAGGAAUACCAAGACGCCUCUUCAGCCCAAAUCCUUGGUCACCUACUGCAUAUGCAAAUUGGACUGUUAUUAAGGAAAUGACAGACAUGCCGGUGCUCUAUAUACUUGGAGCAUUUAUACCAGCUACCAUGAUAGCAGUCCUUUAUUAUUUUGAUCACAGUGUGGCAUCUCAGCUUGCACAGCAAAAAGAAUUCAAUUUGAGAAAGCCACCGUCAUUUCACUAUGAUUUACUUCUUUUGGGUUUUUUGACUUUACUAUGUGGUCUCCUCGGCAUACCCCCUUCAAAUGGUGUUAUACCACAAUCUCCUAUGCAUACUAAGAGUUUAGCUACUCUCAAGCAUCAACUGCUCCGAAACCAACUAGUAGCCAGUGCGCGACAAAGCAUGAACCAGAAUUCAAGCUUAAGCCAAUUGUAUGGUAACAUGGAAGAAGUAUAUCAGCAAAUGCAGACCCCUCUGAUCUACCAAGAGCAGUCUGUUCGGGGAUUGAAGGAACUAAAGGAAUCUACCAUCCAAAUGGUUUCAAGAUUGGGAAGCAUAGAUGCUCCUGUGGAUGAAACGAUGUUUGACAUUGAUAAAGAGAUUGAUGAUCUAUUACCUGUGGAGGUUAAAGAGCAAAGACUCAGUAACUUGUUGCAGUCUUCUAUGGUAGGAUGCUGCCUGGCUGCAAUGCCAAUUCUGAGAAAGAUUCCAACUUCUGUACUUUGGGGUUAUUUUGCUUUUAUGGCUAUAGAGAGCUUGCCUGGUAACCAAUUCUGGGAGAGGAUACUCCUUCUAUUUACUGCACCAAGCAGAAGAUAUAAAGUGCUUGAAGAUUACCAUGCAACCUUUGUGGAAACCGUUCCUUUCAAGACAAUUGCUUUCUUCACACUCUUCCAGACUGUUUACCUACUUGUGUGCUUCGGCAUUACUUGGAUACCUAUUGCUGGAGUUCUUUUUCCACUUAUGAUCAUGCUUUUGGUUCCUGCAAGACAAUAUCUUCUUCCUAAGCUCUUUAAAGGAGCACACCUUACAGAUUUGGAUGCAGCCGAAUACGAGGAGUCUCCAGCACUUCCAUUCACUGUAGAAACG